GCGUCUGUGCGUGUAUAUACGGACACCACAACACCGACGACCGGCCAACUCUCGCUCGCACUACCCUCCACCUCCAGUCCAAUCUCGCUCGCAGUCACAGAGCCCCCGGCGACAUGUCCACCACCGGCGCCGCCACAUCUACGGCAGGCGACGACCGCCGCCGAGCGCUCCAGGCGUUCGACGACACCAAGGCGGGCGUCAAGGGCCUGGUCGACGCGGGCGUCACCGCCGUCCCCGCCAUCUUUCACCACCCGCCGGACUCCCUCCCCCUUGACGCGCCUCCUCAGCCACACCACGAGCACCGGUUCACCAUCCCGGUCAUCGACCUCGCGGGCCUCGGGACGCCGUCGGGGCGAGCCUCCGUGGUCGGAGCGGUGAGGGAAGCCGCGGAGACGGUUGGCUUCUUCCAGGUGGUGAACCAUGGCGUGCCGGAGGCGGCCAUGUCGGAGAUGCUCGCGGCGGUGCGGCGCUUCAACGAGGAGCCCGCAGAUGCCAGGGCGCCGUACUACAGCCGGGACCACGGCCGGCGCGUCAGGUACACGAGCAACUUCGACCUGUUCCAGUCGCCGGCGGCCAACUGGCGCGACAGCAUUUACAUUGACAUGGCGCCGGAGCCGCCGGCGCCCCAGGAGAUCCCGUCGGCGCUCCGCGGUGUCGCGGAGGAGUACGCGCGGCUGGCGCGGCGGCUGUACCGCGAGCUGCUGGAACUGCUGUCGGAGGCGCUGGCGCUCCGCCCCGGGCACCUUGAGGAGGACGCCGCGUGCCUCGACGGGCUCAACCUUGCGGCACACUACUACCCGGCGUGCCCGGAGCCUCACCUGACCGUGGGCACCACCCGACACUCCGACCCCAGCUUCCUCACCGUGCUCCUCCAGGACGACAUCGGCGGCCUCCAGGUGCUCGUCGACAACCUCGAGGAGGAGGGCAAGUCUUCUGUCUGGGUGGAUGUGCCGGCGGUGGCGGGGGCGCUGGUGGUGAACGUCGGCGACUACCUGCAGCUCGUGUCCAACGACAGAUUCAAGAGCGUGGAGCACCGCGUGGUGGCCAACGGCGCGGGUCCCCGGGUGUCGGUGGCAUGCUUCUUCAGGACGUACGGCGCCGCCGCAUCCACGAGGGUGCUGCAGCCGAUCGUCGCCGGCGGAGACCGCGCGAGGUACAAGAGCGCGACGGUGGAGGAGCUUCUCCGGCACUACAGGGCCAAGGGCCUGGACGGCACCUCCGCGCUCGACCACUUCAGGCUCUGAAUGGAGCGCAGAUGGUGUAUCUUCAGUUUACCUCUUCUCGUGUUUAAGUGUGGAAUUGUGGACGCCUUCGUGGAUUAAUUGGACAUUCAAUCAUGGAUUUGUUAAUUUUCUCGUCAAUUGUUACUAGCCAUGGAUUUGUUAACGAACUGAUUAGAGUUAUUAUUCAGUGAGUAUGUAUUUGCUUCGA